AGCCACCGAACAACCACUCCCGUCCUCCUCUCCGGUCUCCUCUUCCCUUCCCCUGCUCACGGUGUCACGCACCCCGUCUCGUCUCAUCGGCUCCUCCUCUGCUCGGGCUGCUCUGCUGCUGCUCCGCGGUCGCUCGCCAUGGCGUCCUCGACGGGGAGCUUGGAGCACGGUGGGUUCACAUUCACGCCGCCGCCCUUCAUCACCUCCUUCACCGAGCUGCUCUCGGGCUCCGGAGACAUGCUCGGCGCCGAAAGCCAGGAUCGGUCGCCGAGGGGGCUUUUCCACCGCGGCGCCAGGGGCGGCGUGCCCAAGUUCAAGUCGGCCCAGCCGCCCAGCCUGCCCAUCUCGCCGCCGCCCAUGUCGCCGUCCUCCUACUUCGCCAUCCCGGCCGGGCUCAGCCCCGCCGAGCUGCUCGACUCGCCCGUCCUCCUCAACUCGUGCUCCAACCUCCUGGCGUCCCCGACCACCGGCGCCAUCCCCGCGCAGAGGUUCGACUGGAAGCAGGCCGCCGAGCUGAUCGCCUCCCAGUCCCAGCAGGACGAGACCCGGGCGCCGGGCGGCUUCAACGACUUCUCCUUCCACACGGCAGGCUCCAACGCCAUGCCCACGCAGACAGCUUCCUUCCCAUCGUUCAAGGAUCAGCAAGUGGAAGCCAUGAACAAGCAGAUCGUCGUCGCCGCGAGCAACAAGGCCAGCAGCGGCGGCAACAACUGCGGUGGCAACAGCAACACCAAGCUCGAGGACGGCUACAACUGGCGCAAGUACGGGCAGAAGCAGGUGAAGGGGAGCGAGAACCCGCGGAGCUACUACAAGUGCACCUACAACAGCUGCUCCAUGAAGAAGAAGGUGGAGCGGUCCCUGGCCGACGGCCGCAUCACGCAGAUCGUGUACAAGGGCGCGCACAACCACCCGAAGCCGCUCUCGACGCGCCGCAACUCCUCCGGUGCGGCGGCGGCGGAGGACCAGGCCCUCUCCGGCGCGACGCCCGAGAACUCGUCGGUGACGUUCGGCGACGACGAGGCCGAUAACGGGUCGCACCGGAGCGACGCCGACGAGCCCGACGCCAAGCGCUGGAAGGCGGAGGACGGCGAGAACGAGGGCAGCUCCGGCAGCGGCGGGAAGCCGGUGCGCGAGCCCCGACUGGUGGUGCAGACGCUGAGCGACAUCGACAUCCUGGACGACGGGUUCCGGUGGCGCAAGUACGGGCAGAAGGUGGUGAAGGGGAACCCCAACCCGCGGAGCUACUACAAGUGCACCACGCCGGGGUGCCCCGUGCGGAAGCACGUCGAGCGCGCCUCCCACGACAACCGCGCCGUCAUCACCACCUACGAGGGCAAGCACAACCACGACGUGCCCGUGGGACGCGGCGCCGCCAGCCGGGCCGCUGCGCCGCCGGCGGCGGCGCCACCGGCGGCCUCGGCCGGCGCGAUGAUCCUCGCCCACCAGCCAUACACCCUGGAGAUGCUCGGCAGCGGAUACGGCGGCGGGUACGGGGCGGCCAAGGACGAGCCGCGGGACGACCUGUUCGUCGACUCGCUCCUCUGCUAGCGACGGCGGCUUUCGAGUCCACACCUCUCCGUGCGCGGCGGGUGACCUCUGUACGUGUACGGCCGCUAUACGCAUACAACGGCCGUAGCGUGUACGCUCGCCGUGUUAGAAGAAAAUACACGUACGCGCUCUGUAUACAUACACUCGUAGGUGUUUUAGCUUAGCUAUAGGAAGGGAAAUUUGUUUAUUCGUUGGAUGAAGGCCUUUAAUACAGCUAUACGCACACGUACGUGUAUCCCGUAUGCGUACACAUACGGUCCUGUGUCUUUGUAGCUAGCAGGAGCUAAAGGUCAGAAAUUAAAGGCCGUAUAUAUACAUGUAGUGAUGAGAGAAAUCCAAUAAGUGUGAAUUGUAGAAAAUACCCAGAUCAAGCAGUUUUGUUUUCUUUUGUUC